ACGCACGAGAGAGCGCAUGGCGAGAGAGAACUGAUCCGCAGAGCUGCUGCGCGAGCGAGUUGGAACUGCUUUCGAUUGUUGGCGGGCGUCGCCAUCUUGGCCAGUGCGAGUGGCUGUACGCGUUCCGUGAAGCAGCGGGCUUCGUGCGUAUUUCGGGCGGUCGAGUCGUUACGAGUAUUCCGUGCGCGCGUUUUCUCUUGUGAGCGUAUCGACCUCGAGUAUCUUUUUAAACGUCGUGUGAAAUCCGCAAACAUCCGACAUGUCGGAACGGGAGGAUAACGUUUACAAGGCGAAGCUCGCCGAGCAAGCGGAACGCUACGACGAAAUGGUUGAGGCGAUGAAGAAGGUAGCUUCAUUGGACGUAGAACUCACCGUUGAGGAAAGAAAUCUUCUUUCGGUAGCGUAUAAAAAUGUUAUCGGCGCGAGAAGAGCCUCCUGGAGAAUAAUCUCGAGUAUCGAACAAAAGGAGGAGAACAAGGGCGCCGAAGGAAAACUAGAGAUGAUACGUCAGUACCGAUCGCAAGUGGAAAAAGAACUCAGAGAUAUUUGCGCCGAUAUCCUCGGCGUCUUGGAUAAGCACUUGAUACCGUGCGCCUCUACAGGAGAAUCCAAAGUCUUCUAUUAUAAAAUGAAAGGUGAUUACCAUCGUUACUUGGCGGAAUUUGCAAUCGGUAACGACAGGAAGGAAGCGGCAGAGAAUUCUCUGGUGGCGUACAAAGCGGCGAGCGACAUUGCCAUGACGGAGCUACCGCCGACUCACCCUAUUCGUCUGGGAUUAGCGCUCAACUUCUCCGUAUUUUACUAUGAAAUCCUCAACAGUCCUGAUAGAGCGUGCCGCUUAGCAAAAGCAGCCUUUGACGAUGCGAUCGCCGAACUGGACACGUUGUCCGAAGAGAGCUACAAAGAUUCCACUCUUAUAAUGCAACUUCUCAGGGACAACCUUACUCUAUGGACGUCGGAUAUGCAGGGAGACGGUGAGGCCGAACAAAAGGAGCAACUGCAAGAUGUGGAAGACCAGGACGUAUCGUAACUCUAACUGUAGUGAGUGUUAUCUUGCGCAUAUAAAACUGAGAUACAAGAAAAAAACUCUUAAUAACUCGUAAGCAAAAGAAAAAAAAAACCAAUUCAGCAGGUGGCAGUUUGGGGUGGGAAGGGGAGACCUUUAAAAAAAAAUUUGCGUGGCUCUUACAAAACACGCACUUUUUACGAUUACUUCAAGACAAACAAACAACAAGCUACAAGAAAAAUAACAAUAAAUCUUUCUCGAUUGCAUUACACUUUGCUACAUGUACGAUUGAGUUACGGAGCACGCAGAAAAUACGAUGCAAAAAAAAAAGAAACAAAAAGAACACGGCACACUCUGCGGCAAAGGAUAGAGAGACUGCAAAGCAUUUAGGAAAGGCACUUUCCAAUAGCCCCGUUUUUGCGUAUUGAGAGGAAACACCCACCACGUAUAUUUGCAUGUUGCGUAUAUAUUAGACCAAAAUUACUCGCACGGAUGACGUCGCACCGAUGUCAAUACCGGCGACGAUUUGAGUAAUUUCUCGAUCAUUUCGUCACAUUAGAAUUUUAAUCUCCUUGAUUUCUGUGAAUGAGCAAAUUGUGUCUUACUACACACGUUUUGCAACGGCAAAAAAAAAUAGUUGCUCGACGAUGCAUUUGUAUUUUUGCUUGCUUUUUAUUAUACACUUCUGCUAAUCUUUUUAUUCUUCUUACUUCUUCAACCUCUACCCUCUGCUCACUCCCCUUUUUCUCAUUCUUCCAAACCUCGCUUCUUUUUACUGCACACGAUUGUCUCGCACAUAAUGUAUAAUUGCGAUACUUUUUCUCUCUCUUUCUCUUUCUCUCUCUUUCGCACAUACACAAACACACACACACACACACACACACCUCUCUCACUACGGAAAUAACGGAGGCGCCCCUCAAUUGCCAAUUGUCAAUGUCAAGACAGACCUCGCUUUCGAGCUUGUACUGUUUAAUAAAAUAUGUACUUCCGAAAACCACACGAAAUCUCUGAUAUACGAAUGUAAUAAUUAUAGAUAGUUCCUCAAAAAUAAUGUAAAAUGCAUGGUUUUUUGGCAUCAGUCGAGCUGAGGAGAAGAGAACGUAGUUAAUUGCCUUACCUCCUCCUCUUCCCCCCCUCUGUACCUUUUCCAAAUGCAAUAAUAGUACCAUUGUCCGACUGAGAAUUGUGAACUUUCAGAAGGAGAUCAUGUUCGCAAAAUUUUGCGACAAAUAAAAAAAACAGAAAGAAAGAGAAAAAAACGAGUGUAUUAUCGAAGUUUCGAUCGCGUAUCGUCUGAAUCUAUUGAUUUCAUAAUUAAUUAUCGCACAUGUUUCGUGGAUAGACGAGUGUGUCUCAUCGCGUCAGCUCGACGAGCAGUGAGUCGUGAUUUAAAAGGGAAAAAAAAGGAAGAAAAGCAAGAACGCAAACAAAAAAAAAAAAACAAAAAAAACAAAAAAGAUUACGUUAUCGUAUGUGAGCCUCUUUAUAUUAAUAUUACGUUACUCACAGCAACCAAGUAAACUAUCUAGCUAGUCUGUAAUGUGGUUGUACGUUUUCAUACGCCCGUUGUGUAAACUAAUAUCGAUUAUUGUGGUAUAAGAAGUGACAGAAUAAAUGAUUGUACCCCGACUUUUUUCCAUUCGCGCGCGCGCGCACACACACAUACAUACACAAUACAUACACAUACAUACGCAGACAUAAUUUUACGCUCUAUAUAUAAAUAUACAUCCAAUCCGCGCGGAUAAUUGAUCCGUGUUUGUUAAUCGUGGAUUGAAACCGGUACAGAUUUCUGGCGAAUUCAAGCUUUCGUUAGUGUAAAUACUAUACGCGUGAGAUAAAAGAAUCCUAUUUCGCACUUCUAUCGACGGUGUACAGAGAAAGAUCGGUGUCACUUCCUACUGUUCGUAGAACACGUCGAGAUCCAAAAUCUCGUCGAAAUGAUAUCGAAAAUGAACAAAAAAAUUAAAAAAAAUUGACCGGUUUCAGUUCUUCGUUGUAUUAUCCAUUUCUCUUCGAUUCGUCGUCGAGUCAUUCCAUCCAGUUUUAUGUUGAGACAUUCCAUUGUUCUUGUAAUAAGAAGAAAUCUCUGUCGGGAUCGUAGAUUUACAAGUGAAUAAAAAAAAAAAAAAAGAAAUCCUUCCUUCACA